AUGGAGAAAAUAAGUGCACGCAUUAUAACUCGGCAAGGAAAAACAGUUGAUCACCUUGUAACUAGGUGCGGGAGAAUGCUGAAUAGCUCAUAUCUUAGACGGCAUAACGAAGUAGUCAGAUGUAUUCACUUACAUUUCUGUCGUCAAUAUGGAAUAAGGAAAACUAAGAAACUAAAGACACAUUCAGUUCAAUCUGUUGUUAGCAAUGAAUUUGUGGAGAUUCGUGUGGAUACUACGAUUAGUACGGAUACAGCUGUGGCGAAUAACAAACCUGAUAUAUUUGUUCAUGACAAAAUGAGGAAUACAUUACUCUUAUCGAAGUUGGGAUUACUUCGCAAAUUGCCUCAAGCAGGUCGAAUUGAGAAGUUCCACAAAUAUGACUUUAUUGGCAAUGAACUUGAGCAAUUCAUCACGUAA